AUGUUCACUAUCAAGACUCCGAGUCGGACGCUUAUUCGACCUUGUGUCGGUAUACCUUUCUCCAAUAAGCACUACCAGCAGGAGUCAGCACACGAUGAUAUCGAAGCUAGUGCAACGGCGAAUGCUGUAGCAGUCGAAAAGCAGGAGGAAUAUCCUUCUGCUGAAGGGAAGAAGACCACGCCAAACAUCUUUCGACGCGCUAGGAAUAACUUGAUUGCUACGUACGCCCCUCGAGUGCCACCCCCUUUAAUACUACCGAGCGGGCCAACCGACGUAGAGAAAGUCUCAUAUCUCAAGACGAACCGCCUCUUCUUGUACACGUUUGGAUGUCUUUCUUUUCUCAGCUUGUCAGCUGGUAUGUGGUUGUUCGUCGUCUCUUCGAUUCCAUUCUACUGGUUUGGUCUUAUGGUCGUGCUGCUCCAAUGCUAUCUCUUUGUCUCAUAUGCAGUUUCGAUCUGUGGUAAAGAUUGGGACUACGAGGCACACAAAAAGACACUAGAAGAUCAUCCAGUCACUCCAGAGACAGCACCGACAGUCGACAUUUAUCUUCCGUGUUGUAAAGAGCCAAUUGAGGUACUCGAAAACACAUAUAAGCAUGUCACAGAGCUCAUCUACCCACCCGAUAAGCUGAAAGUGUAUGUACUCGAUGAUGGGGCAGACGAGGCGGUCAAGACCCUAGCAGAGCAGUACGGCUUCACCUAUAUUCUGAGAGAUGAUAGACCGCGGCUAAAGAAAGCUGGGAAUUUACGAUGGGCUUUUGCUCGGACAUCUGGCGACUUCUUCAAUAUUUAUGAUGCCGACUUUUGCCCUCGGCCUGACUUCCUCAUGGAGAUCAUCCCUGAACAUAUAGCCAAUCCACGAGCAGCAAUCAUCCAGACACCUCAGUUCUUUCGCAUCAAAGACGAGCAGACUUGGGUCGAGCAAGGUGCAGGUGCUGUACAGGAACUCUUCUACCGCGUCAUCCAAGUCAAUCGCAACCGCUUCGGUGCAUCAAUUUGUGUCGGAUCCAACGCCGUUUACAGACGCCAAGCCCUCGUUGAAGUCGGCGGUACGGCCGAAAUUGGGUUCUCGGAGGAUGUACACACCGGAUUCUACGCUUUGACACGCGGAUGGCAGGUCAAGUACGUUCCUUUAUGCCUGGCCUGUGGUAUUUGCCCGGAUACGCCGCGUGCAUUCUUCAGCCAGCAGAUGCGAUGGUGUAUGGGUAGCACGACGCUGCUUACGAACCCAGACUUCUGGACGUCGCCGUUGAGUUUGAUGCAGAAGAUCUGCUAUUUGUCAGGUAUGAUGUACUACAGCGCCAUUUCGUUGUCUAUCUUCCUGAAUCCGCUACCGGGUAUCCUCAUGAUAUGGGUACGGCCCGAGUAUGUCCGGUACUACAAUCUUGCUUUUGCCGUACCUAGUAUUCUGUACUCGCUGCUUGCAAUUCGAGUAUGGGCAAAGGCAUCAUACGGACUGAAUGUCCAGUUCGUCAUGAUGAUUCAGUCCUUUGCAUACUUCACCGCUAUCAAAGACCGACUAUUCGGGAGAGCGUUGGCUUGGGUGCCUAGUGGCGACACCAAGGCUCACAAGAAUAACAAGUACAGAAAUAUGCGUAUCAUGGCGUGGGUGUGGAUGUGCAGUGCGAGCGGAGCGCUGAUUGCCGGGACGACAUAUCAAGUGCUGCGUGGCAUGAAGUGGUAUGAUUGUUUCCCCGUGUUGUGUUUGACGGCCUUUAACUUCUUUCUGGCGCAUCGUUUUCUGCUUUGUCAUGGAAAGCUGUGA